AUGCAGUCGUUGCGCCAGUAUAAACAACUCAGGCAGGCUGUCCAAAGGCAACUGGAGAGGGACACCGACAAGGCUAAAGCUCUAUCUGCAUAUACACAACAACAUGGACUCCNNGAAAAACGUGAGGAAGCUCAGAACUUUGGCGGGCAACCUUUGGAAGAGAUCGAAACACCCAGCCGCGACGAGGNNGAAGCAAACGAGGAUCAGGAAGCACUCGACGCAAUAGCCGAAGAUGAAAUGGAAGAUUCUUAUCCUCAAGCCGACAACCAGAACGAGCUCAAUAGAAUACACACCAGCAGAAGUCACCACGCAGAUCUAGCCAGGACCAAAAGCGAGAAUGCCGAUCUGGCCAGGAUACCGACACACCGAACGCAUUACUCGGAGAGGACUGCCCUGGGAUACUCAAUGACUGGCAUCAAUGCGCGCUUGAGAGCCACAAACGAGAGUGAAAACGGUCAUGUCUUUGUGGUUGAAUGGGAAGGCCCUCAUGAUCCACUCAAGCCACACAACUGGUCUACAGGCAAGCGCUUGUGGGCGACAAUCGUUGUGUCUCUCGUGGCUGUUGCGGGUACAGCGGCAUCGUCUAUCGAUGCUGCAGUGCUGCCUCAGUAUGCAGAGUACUUCCACAUCAGUGAAGUUGCGGGCUCACUAGCCACUGCAAUGUAUCUGAUCGGUUUCGCAGUCGGUUCACAAUUUGCAGGUCCUUUCUCGGAAACCUUUGGACGAAACAUCAUCUACAUUGUGACAAUGUUCAUUUACAUGCUGUUCUUGCUUGGCUGUGCGCUCGCCCCGAAUUUUGGCGGACACAUUGUCCUCCGAUUCUUCGCAGGAUUGUUUGGAUCAACGCCCUUGACAGUAGCUGGAGGUACUAUCGCUGAUCUCUGGAACCCUCUCGAGAAGACCUUUGGCUUCCCAGUCUAUGCUUUUAUCGGAUUUUCAGGACCUCUAUUUGGACCCGUCAUUGGUUCUUACAUUGGUCCCAGCGGCAUGAGCUGGCGUUGGUGUGAGUGGCUUAUGCUCAUUCUCGGUGGCAUCAUCACCUUCAUCAUCGUCGUUGGCCAGCCAGAGACGUACGGACCGCUGCUACUUUCCUGGAAAGCUCAUCAUCUUCGCGUUGAAACCGGCGACGACCGCUACAGAUCGCCUUUAGAGGUGCGUCGUACUUCCCUCUGGACUCGCCUGAAGAUUGCGCUCUGGAGACCAUUCGCCAUGAUCUGGACCGAGCCCAUCAUCCUGCUUAUGUCGCUCUAUCUCACAGUCCUCUACAUUGUGCUGUUCACAUUUNUCAUCGGCUUCGAGUUCGUCUUCACCGAGACAUAUGGUAUUUCCCAGGGCAUUACGAAUAUUAUCUGGGUGGCCGUCUUUGUUGGAUUUUGGCCUUUGUUUGGUACUCUACCUCUCAUCUACUCCUGGACAGUCAAGGACCUAAAGAAGCAAGAGGCAGCUGGAGUCGAGAAUCCAGCUCCCACACCCGAGUCUCGUCUUUACUUCGCUAUGCUCGGUGGUGCAAUCGCAAUACCAGUCUCUUUGUUCUGGAUGGGCUGGACCGACUAUGCUUCCAUUUCAAUCUGGUCUCCUAUUAUCGCUUCGGCUCUCUUUGGUUAUGGUGUCAUUACCAUCUUCAUCUCGGCUUACAUGUACAUCAUCGACUCUUACGCUAUCUACGCUGCUAGCGCAUUGUCGUUCGUCACUUUCACCCGCUACCUUGCAGCUGGUGGCAUGACUGUCGUUGGCGUCCCGUGGUAUCGCAAUAUGGGCGUUCACUACACACUCACCAUCCUCGCAUGCAUCAGUGCACUCAUGGUACCGGUGCCAUAUGUCUUCUACAUUUAUGGCGCAAGGAUCAGAAGCAAGAGUGCUUAUGCUGUUCACAAAGCUUGA